AUGGGUUCAGAGCUGGCGGCUGGUGUCCCUGCUGCGGCCCGUGCCCACGCUCUGCGGGCUGAAGACGGUGGUCUCGAGGAAGGCGGGCUGACCAAGUCCCAGCCUGGUGUUAAGGGCAUUGUCAAAGGCCUCUCCAACAGUGCCAGGCGCGGGGCCCCACCACCUUCUCCAGGUGCCGCUGUCGGUCCCGGCAGUGCGGGAGAAGGCCCCGCACCCGCCCCCCGCCGCUUUCGGCUGAAGAAGUUCCUGGUGCCACACCAGAAGGUGCACAGUGGGGAGAAGCCCUUCGGCUGCACUGACUGUGGAAAGCGCUUUGCUCAGAAGCAUAACCGGCUGAGCCACCAGUGCGUGCACACGGGCGAGAAGCCCUUUGCCUGUGGCCACUGCGGCCACCGGUUUAGCCACAAGAACAACCUGCUGCGCCACCAGCGGGUCCACAGUGGGGAGCGCCCCUUCGCCUGCGCCCGCUGCCCCAAGGCCUUCUGGCACAAAAAGACCCUCGUUAUCCAUCAGCGGGUCCACACCGGGGAGAACCCCUUCACCUGUCCCUGCUGCCACAAGGGCUUCAGGGACCAGCACGCCGUCACCGUCCACCAGCUGGUCCACACUGGGGAGCGCCCCUUCGCCUGCGACCGCUGCCCCAAGACCUUCAGGGAGAAGCACGCCCUCACCAUCCACCAGCGGGUCCACACGGGGGAGCGUCCAUUCGCCUGCAAUCUCUGCCCCAAGACCUUCAGGUGCAGGAAGACUCUCAUCGAACACCAGCGGAAAUGGCCGGUUUGA